AUGGCGUUAAUUCCAACUGAGAAUAACAGUAAACCAGAACAGGUUUUUAAGCCGAACAAAUCUAAUAUGAGCAACUUUAUUCGCACAAAAUCCAAAGAUAUUAAUUAUUUCUGGAGGAGUGAGAUAGCAUCUUCGGCUCACAUAUUAAAUGAAAAGACCUUUACCAAUAGAAAGACAUUACUUGUAUCGCUUACAAAGAGGUUAUAUGCACUCGAUAAUGUAACGUUCAUGUCUCUUGUUUUUGAUCACUGGUCCAAUCACAAAAUGUCUAACUAUUUGGGAGUUUUACUGGUUACAUAUGAUGAAGAGGAAGGAAAACAAAUUCCUUUUCUAGUGAAGAUGGACAGGUCUGAUUCUCACAAAACAAUCGAUAUAAGUCAGCAACUUGGCGAAAUUUUUAAUAAGUUUGAUGGUUUGAGAACAGUAACUGUAGGUAUGUCAACUGAUAAUGCUGCCAAUAUGCUAAAGGUACCGAAAGAACUCUCAAGAAUUGGCCUGUUAGGGACUCGUUUUCUUGGCCAUGUACCUUGUUUACUACAUAGUGCUAACAUUAUGAAUAGUACCAUGUUUGAUAUGGUCGAAGAGGACAGUUUGGGAUUUGUAGAUUCUGAGCUUAAAUCAAAAUUAUUAGAGUUAGCUGCAAUGAAAUAUCAGUUGAAUUCUGAUGGGUCAAGGAAUGAAAUUUUAAAACAAGAUAUCUUUACUGAAUAUCUUCUAUCAAAUAACAGCCAACUUUCUUCAGAAUCUGCCGAUAUUGGUGGCAUUUUUAGCUUUAUAACUGGUGACAUUAUUCUGAAGAAAAAUAAUCAGCUUGCUCUUAAUAUUAAAUCAAGCAGUGUUAAUCAACUACUAUACCGAGAACUAUGCGUUGAGUUUGGAAAAAUGAAUGGAGAGGAACCUUUGGCCAUCAAAACAUAUUCAAAAACAAGAUGGCUAUCAGCGUUAGAUGUUGUGCUCAGGUUACGAGAGUUGAAACCUGUCUUGAUGGAGUUAAAUCGGGAGCCAUCCCUGGGAGUGUUUUUCGAUGAAGAAGAUUUUGUUCUAAUGGACGAUUUAACUGAUAUCUUAUCUCCUUUUCGUUCUCUUUGCGAAAUGCUUUCUAAUGAUACCUGCACGUUGAAGAACACCCUUCCUUUGCUUAUUUCCUAUAAGGAUAAAAUAGACAAAAUAUUCGUUGAAAAAUCGAAAAGUUCCAACCUAACGCACAGACAUCUCCCAGUUUUUAUUCGUUUCAGAAGGAAAAUGGAUAAAUACUAUAAAAAGUAUGUCAGUAUGGAUAUUUGUUUAUUAUCAUCUUAUCUAAACAUUGCAUUUGUUGAUAGCUCUGUUUUUAUAGAACAGUUCCCUCGUGAGAAUACCGAAAUCAAAAAAGUGACCAUGUAA